CCUCAUUUUGAAAAAACAAACCAAUGGUGUGUGUGUCCGUUAUUGUCCCUCCAUUUAUUUAUGAUGUCUCCGUAGAAUCAGAGAAGAAGGGGAGGAGCAGAGCAAAGCAUUCAAAUUCUGGAGAUCGUGGGAAGUCUUCAUAAAGAGCUUCUCCAUUGAUUCUAUUGCUCGCUCAUUCUGCAAAAAAACAUAUCGGUAAAAAUACACACACAAAAAGAGAAAGAUGAGGGAGUGCAUAUCCGUUCACAUUGGUCAGGCCGGUAUUCAGGUUGGCAAUGCUUGCUGGGAACUUUAUUGCCUCGAACAUGGCAUCCAGCCGGACGGCCAGAUGCCAAGUGACAAGACUCUUGGGGGAGGUGAUGAUGCCUUCAAUACAUUUUUCAGCGAAACCGGUUCAGGAAAGCACGUUCCACGUGCCCUUUUUGUUGAUCUUGAGCCCACUGUUAUUGAUGAAGUGAGAGCUGGAGCAUAUCGCCAGUUAUUUCACCCUGAACAAUUGAUCAGUGGCAAAGAAGAUGCAGCUAACAACUUCGCACGAGGCCACUAUACAAUUGGAAGGGAGAUAGUUGAUCUUUGCUUGGAUCGGAUCAGAAAGCUCGCAGACAACUGCACUGGUCUGCAGGGGUUUUUGGUCUUUAAUGCCGUUGGUGGAGGCACCGGUUCUGGUUUAGGUUCACUUUUGUUAGAACGUUUGUCAGUAGACUACGGUAAAAAAUCCAAGCUUGGGUUUACUAUGUAUCCCUCUCCUCAGGUUUCAACCUCUGUUGUGGAGCCUUACAAUAGUGUUCUAUCAACUCACUCCCUAUUGGAACACACAGAUGUUGCUGUCUUGCUUGAUAAUGAAGCCAUUUAUGACAUUUGUCGUCGCUCUCUUGACAUUGAACGCCCCACCUACACCAACUUGAACCGAUUGGUGUCACAGGUGAUCUCAUCUCUCACUGCUUCUCUGAGGUUUGAUGGAGCUUUGAAUGUUGAUGUGAAUGAAUUCCAGACUAACCUAGUCCCAUACCCAAGGAUUCAUUUCAUGCUUUCGUCUUAUGCUCCAGUUAUAUCUGCUGAAAAGGCUCACCACGAACAACACUCCGUGGCAGAAAUCACCACAACUGCUUUUGAACCAGCUUCUAUGAUGGCCAAGUGUGAUCCUCGUCGUGGCAAGUACAUGGCGUGCUGCCUAAUGUAUCGAGGGGAUGUAGUUCCCAAAGAUGUGAAUGUUGCUGUAUCUAUUAUCAAAACCAAACGAAGCAUUCAAUUUGUUGAUUGGUGUCCAACAGGCUUUAAAUGUGGUAUUAAUUACCAGACUCCAACCGUUGUCCCCGGAGGUGAUUUGGCCAAGGUACAAAGAGCAGUGUGUAUGAUAUCCAAUUCUACUAGUGUUGCUGAGGUUUUCUCCAGAAUCGACCACAAAUUUGAUCUAAUGUACGCGAAAAGAGCCUUUGUUCAUUGGUAUGUUGGUGAAGGCAUGGAAGAAGGUGAAUUUUCGGAAGCUCGUGAGGAUUUAGCUGCACUUGAGAAAGAUUAUGAGGAGGUGGGUGCUGAGUAUGGGCAAGGUGAAGAGGGUAGUGAAGGAGAAGAAUACUAAUGAGUUAGAGUGUGUGAUGCAUCAUUAGAUUUUUUUUUAUUGUCUUUUCUUGAUUUCAGCAUACACUUAUUUAGUACUGAUUUGAUUGUAAAAAAUGAUUUCCACUUUAUAUAGGUACUCGCUAAAUUUGAAUAUGUGAUAAA